GCUGGGCGCAGGCGCCGGGCGGUGAUACCGCUGCCCGCCGGUCUGGCUGCCCGCCGGCUCGCCGUUGUUCUCUUUUCUCUCUCCUCUGGGCCCCUUCUUACUCCUCACGUCAGUGCUGGGGCAGCACCUUGAGGGCGGGCUGGUGUAGGGGAAGGCUUUGAGGGAACGGUUGAGGAGCAAUAAAGAUAAAGCUUACUGUAGCCUCAUGGUGUUAGGGCCUGCAAGGUCCACACGGGGCAGGUGGUCACCCGCACGGGAGUGGGCAAGAGGUGGGCAGACUAGAGGGGUUGACAGAAGAAUGUUUUCCUUGUGGAGUUACACCUCUCAGAGGUCAUACUGCCUCUGUAGUGGUGCCAGGCGUGGUGGCAGUUGAGCUGCGUGUCUUCUAGCUUACAGGUGUUAGCCUUCAGGUGUUUGGAAGGGAACAAGGAGAUAAACGCACUGAUUGUGCAGUCUGGGCUAAUAGUGCCAGGGAAGGUUUCACCUCUGAGAGUACUUUUCAUUGCAUGGAGGCUUGCCCCGCUCUGGGAUGCAACCUGUCCCAAAGCCUGCGCCCCUGUGUUCCACUAGCCUAGCACCUCUGAUGGUACAGUGCCAAUGUGUUGCUACCCAACUGGACAGCUGGCUUCCCCAAAGCUCAAAUGCAUGUUUUCUAAGCUUGGCAAGUCAAGAUCAAAGUGAAAUUAUGGUAAAAAUCCAUGUGGAUUUCUAACUUGGGAGUCUGAGGCUCAAAAAAAGUUCCCAUCCACCUCACUACUUGAUCAUCCAGACCACACUUCCUCAGUUUAGCCGAGAGGAUGCUGUGAGAGAUGGUGCCAAAUGAUUUCCUGAGAUCAAGAUAAACCACAUCCACUGCACUGCCAUCACCUAUCCACCUGGUUUUGUCCUCUUCAAAGGCUAUCAGAUGAAUCUGCGUUCUGUAUUUACUGUAGAACAACAAAGGAUUUUGCAGCGUUAUUAUGAAAAUGGAAUGACAAAUCAGAGUAAAAAUUGCUUUCAGCUCAUAUUACAGUGUGCACAAGAAACUAAACUGGACUUCAGUGUAGUCAGGACCUGGGUUGGCAAUAAACGAAGGAAGAUGAGCAGCAAGAGUGCUGUUGAGUAUGGAGGCACUCCCCCAGGGACUGUCCCUGCCACUUCCUCAGUGCCUCCAGAAGCAGCAGUUAGAAACGUGGUAAACGUUGCCCGAUCCCAAAGUCAGCAAUCUUCUUGGACCUCUUCUAACAAUGAUGUCAUAGUUACUGGUAUUUACAGUCCUGCUAGCUCAUCUGGCAGGCAAGGAUCCACCAAACAGACCAACGCCUCAGUGGCAGAAAUGCACAAAACCUCUGUUCCCCGGCUGCCGGGAAAAGGCGACUCUGAGUUCCAGCAGCAGCACAUCCCCAUAGGACGCCAGGUACCGCACUGUAAGAACGCCUCCCUCUUGGUGGGGGAAAAGACCAUUAUUUUGUCUAGGCAAACGAGCGUGCUCAAUUCUGCAAACUCCAUCUACAGUCACACUAAGAAAAGCUACGGUGGCUCCUCAGUGCAGACUGCAGAGUUGGUGUUACCUCAGAAGCCCAUGAUAUGCCACAGGCCCUGCAAAGCUGAACCCGUGGCGUGUCAAAAGUUACAAAAGCCAGAUCACGCACCUCUCUCGUCACACGUGCCCCCUGGGCAAAGGGCUAACCCCAGGGACCCUUCUUGUAGCACACAAAACCUGGAAAUCCGGGAGGUGUUUUCUCUGGCGGUUACAGAUCAACCUCAAAGAGUGGUGGGAGGCAGCGCGGCGCAGAAGCACUGCUCGGCAGAGGGCAGCUGCCUGUCCAUCGCGAUGGAAACGGGCGACGUGGACGACGAGUACGCCAGAGAGGAGGAGCUGGCAUCCAUGGGAGCACAAAUGCAAAGCUAUCCAAGAUACUGUGAAAACAGCAGUUUUGUUCGAGUAGAGAACCAAAGUGCAGCCUUGUCCGGGCCAGGAAGAAAUGUGAGCUGUAGUUCACAGCUGGUGAAUGCCAGGGACAUGCCUGACAAUAUUCUGUAUCAUAGCAGAGACUACCACUUGCCUGCACGGACCUCAUUGCAUACAACAUCCAGUACGCUCUAUAGCAGCGCUAAUCCCUCAAGAAGUACCUUUUCUCCUCAUUUUACAUCUUCAAGUCAACUGAGGCUGUCACAAAACCAAAAUAACUACCAGAUUUCAGGAAACCUUACUGUGCCUUGGAUUACAGGUUGUUCCAGAAAAAGAGCACUACAGGACCGCACACAGUUCAGUGACCGAGACUUAGCUACCCUCAAGAAGUACUGGGACAAUGGCAUGACCAGCCUGGGCUCAGUCUGCAGGGAGAAAAUCGAAGCUGUGGCUGCAGAGCUAAAUGUUGACUGUGAAAUAGUGCGGACUUGGAUUGGGAAUCGAAGACGGAAAUAUCGUUUAAUGGGGAUUGAGGUCCCACCCCCUAGAGGAGGUCCUGCUGAUUUCUCUGAUCAGUCUGAAUUUGUUUCUAAGUCAGCACUUAAUCCAGGAGAGGAGACUGCUACUGAAGUGGGGGAUGAUAAUGAUAGGAAUGAUGAAGUAUCAAUCUGCUUAUCUGAAGGAAGCUCACAAGAAGAGACAAGUGAAGGUCUUCAAAAUGAAGAAAUUGGUCACAAGGAUGAUGACCAGAACCCAGUAUCUGCUGAUAAUGUGAAAAUAGAGAUCAUAGAUGAUGAAGAAAGUGAUAUGAUCAGUAAUUCUGAAGUGGACCAAAUGAGUUCUCUUUUGGACUACAAGAAUGAAGAAGUCAGAUUCAUUGAGAAUGAGUUGGAGAACCACAAGCAGAAGUAUUUUGAACUACAGACGUUUACUCGGAGUUUAAUACUUGCUAUUAAAUCAGAUGAUAAAGAACAGCAGCAGGCACUGCUCUCAGACUUACCUCCUGAUUUAGAGGAAAUGGAUUUCAAUCAUGCAUCCCCAGAGCCUGAUGAUACCUCAUUCAGCUUGUCGUCUCUAUCAGAGAAAAAUGCCUCAGACAGUUUGUGAUUGAUCUUUUUUAACUGACAAAAAGAAGCCUCAACUUGUGGGUAGGUUUCAAGAGAACAGCAUUUUGCUAUCCAGUGUUCCUCAGUCCAAAAAAGAAAGCCCAAGGUGAAGUAGACUCUCCUGAAGGAUGACUGUAGUGUGUCCUGGCUACAGCGUGCACUGUCAAGCAAUCCUGAAUGUUGUGUUUUGGUAAAGGAAAGAACUGUGUGAGGGAAGGCUUCACUUUUAGCAGUUUGGCCUUGAGUAGGGUGAGUUCUGUCUCUCCAGAAGAAUUUUUGCUCUGUAGCAAAGUCUUUUUGAACAGGGAAUCUGAGUGUGGAAAACAAAUAGCCUGUUAUACAGACACUCAGCUCGUCAGAGCUGCUUGCUCACCAGUUCUGUUUGUUACUUUUUUUCCCCAUUUUUACUCAGGUAGGUGGACUAAAAAUUUGGGCUCCAAACAGAAGAACAGGCCUUUUCUGAGUUGUGCUUUGCAUCCUUUGGAAAAGCUGACAUUAAACUCUGGUGGUUUUCAUUUGUAUGACUUCAGAUUGUUGAAUCUUCCAUUUUCUGACCAAAAUAGCUGAAACAGCUUUGAAAGGCUAACUGAAAAAUUGGAAUUCUCAUCAAUAAAUUAUUCAUGUAAUGAAGCAGUCCUAAGUCUUGUAACAAAUGAGAUGGAUCUGGGAAACCUGAUAGGUGCAGAACACAACCUUCUGAUGCUCUCGCUGUAGCAAUGGGAUUAGUUCUUCAUGCUCCUACUUAGAGUUUUAGCAGUGUAGUUCCAGGUUUUAUUUGUCAAAGUCUGAAGGUUGAAGUUCUGUUCUUUAAGUAGUUCAAGUGUUUGGAAUUGAGUUUUGCAGAUCUAAAUGCAACCUGCUUUUGAAGUAGCCCUGCCUGGCAAAGUUUUUGGCAUCUACCAGGUGCCAUUUCUAAACUGUGAGCUGACUGCAGGUAGUGGCUGAAAUUAACUUCUUUCCUGGCUUUCUUGACAUCAAAUCCCUUUACUCAUCUGAUGAAAUGGGUGAGCAAACACAUUCAAGUAAACUUAGUAGGGCAUAUAGCUUCAUGCCUGUAUUAUUGAUGCUCCAUAACCUCUGAUCUGAAUAUUCCUCAGCAGGUUUUUUGAAACAGAUACUUUCACAGCUUGGUAAAAAACCUCAUCUUUCAGUUUCAUGCCAAAUAAUCAUUGUCUUUGGUGAAUCUUAAGUCAUGCACUGCAGUAAGUCAGUAAACACCUUCAUUUCAGUGGUUGGUCCAAGGUAUAGCUCUGAAGAUCAAGUGCUGGGGAACUAACACCUUGGUUUUUAAACCUUUGAUACUGGGAUUAACUCACAAUUUUAGUUUUUUUCUCAGUCUGAUCUAUUCCCCUUAAUAAUUCCUUUUAGGUUUUCUCUCAGUCUGUAUUCCUCCCUCCUAAUAAUUCCUUCUAGUUUUUUUCUCAGACUGUAUUCCUCCUAAUAAUUCCUUUUAGAUUUUUUCUCAGUCUGUAUUCCUCCUAAUAGUUCCUUAUUAGGUUUUUCUCAGUCUGAUCUAUUCCCCCAGUCAUUUCUACAGGCCUUUUCUUUAAGUAGCAGUAGUGAGCUCUGUCAUUUCAGGCUUUUUCCUGUCCCUGGGCAUGGACAAUGCCAGCUGCACACAGGAUGGCAGCAGUUCUAAAAGGUAGUUUAAAAACCAGAACAGUUUCACAGUUCUCACUACUGUCCAGUCCAGUUGGCUCCCCAAAGACCUCUUACCAGCUAUUCUCCAGAGUAAAGGCAGAAAAGCAAGCUGCUGUAUUUGAGUGUAGGCAUUAAAACUCAGAGUGGAACCCCAAGAGAGGGAAGGCACUCAGUGUAAGCAGGAGGUAAGUGGUGGGUUGCUCAUCCUCCCACUGCCUGAAGCUAAAUGUCUCCUCCUGGCUGGCAGGCGCGUCGUGCCAGCCUUCCUAGAGAGAGGAGUGGUGUUAUUCAUGCCUGUUGAAAUGACCACCCAUCUAAAAUUAAUGAAGGUUUGUGUGCAGAGCUCACAGUGCUACCUUUCAAGUGUAAGACAGAGCUCAGCUGUAAUUCUGCUCGCUGAAAAAGUCAUUUGUAAAGGGGGUUCUAUACUGGGUUAACAAUGCUUUCUAUGACUGUUCCGUCUAGAUAGGAGAUUUGUGCCACUGACAAUGAAAGCUGUUGUUUUCUGGGAGCUUUGCUGAGCUGGGGGGAAAAAACCCAGCUCUGUGAUUUGCCACUGUUUAGACCUUGUUUUUCUGCUUGUUCCACUUAAAUUCCCAUGACAAAACGCAGGAUACCUGCACUGAGAGUUCUUGGUUUCCUGGUGAGUUGUGACCCACCUUUAGACAGGACAAACUUGCACCAAUGAUUCCUUAGUGCUGUGUUUUGCUUCUGUUUCAUAUGCCAAGGAAAAGAAUUCAUUGUGAAUGAACUACCAGGUUCCAGCAGUUCCCUAAGUCCCUGUUCUCAAGGAACCUGGAAUCCCCUUUAGGAUGUGCAGCUGAAACUCUCGCUGCAGUGAACACCCACAUCAUCCCUGUGGGCAUGUUGUGCUUUGGGCCUUUUCUCUUGUAAGGUGACAAGACAAAGCAUAGCAAAGCAGUGAUGUUUCCAUUCCCUGAAACACUUGACAGUGCUACAGGAUAUUGAGGAAGAAAGAGAAUAAAUCCUGUUCCUCUGGAGGGUAACCAUGUGGCUGCUGCACUGCUGUUUGCAGCAGCAGUGUGUUGCCUGCCAUAGGUAAAACAGAUUUUAGUGCUUACUGUAUUUUAAAUGGUUGCAGCAACAAUGGUUCUGCAGUACAGGAGCCAAAGAGCAGCUGGUAAAGUCCUGUAAGAUAACACCCAACCAUCCUGGAGAGGUCUGAAGAUACAUGUCUAAGUAUUGCACCUCAGACUAGCAGUGCCCAAGUGCUUUGUGACUGAGGGGUUUGUAGUUGCUCAUGUCCCCAACAGGAUGUACUAAUCCAGCUGGCAGAUCGUAUCCCAAUCCAUGUACCUGUUCAGCUGGACCUUAGAACAGUAGGAGAGAGACUUUACCUAAGGGUGUCUAGCAGUAGGACAAGGGAAAAUGGUUUGACACUGAGGCAGAGAGGGUUACACUGGAUUUUAAGUUCUUCAGUCAAGUCUAGCUGAGAGCUGUCCCUGCCUCAUGGUGGGGAGGUUGGAGUAGAUGAUCUUUGAGAUCUUUCCAACCUGAGCCAACCUGUGACUCUCUGAUUCUAUGAGAUUUCUUUCCAGCUUCACCUUAGAGACUGUGCUGACAGGCAUCACACUGACACAGUCACUAGGACACUCAUGUCCAGAACAGAGUCUGAAAGGUCUUUAGACCAUGGCAGAUGGUGUGCAUUGGCUCCCUAGGACCAUGUUUUGGAGUUAUGGUUCUUUCCUUGGUGGAUAGGAUGGUAACAAAAGCCCACAUCAAGUCCUAGUUCAUCUUUUGCAUUGACUUCCCAUGACAGAUGAAGCCAAUGCUGAGUUGUGUUCCAGUGCCUCAGCUCCAUGGCGCUAACAGAGCACUGCAGCAGAAGUGCCACUUAGUGAUGAUUUUAUCCUUUUUCUGCAAGGGCUUUCAUUUGCUUUGUCCAUGAAAGAUGACUUUGUUCUGAACACCUCCUUCUGAGGAAACCAAAGUGGGAAGAGGUAGAACAGAGGCUUCAGACAGAGACAGGCCACCCCUUAAGGAGCUGUGAGUCUUUGAUACCAGUGAGUCUGUUCACAGCUAAGAAAGCUGCUUGCUGAAGCUUUGCCUCCUUUCAUUUUCCUGAUUCUGUCAAGUCUAGAGGUGCAACCAGGAGUGAGUAAAUGGUAAAUAUCCCAACAGGUGAAAUUUUGGCAGGUUUAUAAGUUCACAAACAGCUGUACCAUACAAGUGUUAAGUCAUUGAGUGCUUUGGUCUUGAAGCAGCACUGCACUUUAAUCUUUCCAAGGAUUUCUUUUUCUCUUAAGGCAAUAAAGACCCUGAAAAUGGGGAGCAGAUGAUGGCUCUGCAGUCCUCUGAGGGAAAGAAGGGAUGUACCAGUUCUGCCUUUCUCUUCUUAAGCUAGGAAGCUUAUAGAGUCCAUUCAAACAGGGUGAACUAUACCUCCUGUUGUGGUUGUGCAGGUGAAGUGAGAGGCCAUGUGGAGAGGAUCUUGUGGAGAUGGCCAUUGCUGCUUAGGUCCACCAGGCCCAGCAAGGGGCUUGUGCGCUGCCGUGUUGGUGCUGUCACACAGAGCUGAAGCACAGCACUCGCCUUUCCCUCGGUACUCUGCUCAGAGCUGCCUUUUGGUCUCAGGAUGCUGAUAGCAUAAGGACAGACAAUGUGCAUAAAUGGAACAGCACAGAGUAGCUGAAACGUGAGGAAUUCAUCACUUGUACAGUUACAACCCAAAGCUUCAUUUACUACCUCCAGUCCUGCUUCAGCGAACUCCGAGGCUGCUUCACGCAUUGGGGCUGGCAGCUGCCCAACAUUCAACUUGAUUCCAAGAUUCUGCUUUUUCUGCCCCAAAGCAUCAUAAGGCUGAAUAAAUUGCUCAGUUGUGAGAUACCUGUUCAAAGUUAGAGGAUGAUUAAUGAGAAGGCUCCAGGUAGUUGUUAGACAAAACAGAAGCUGGUUUGUGGUGUGUGUUUUCUCUAUCCAAUGUUUCAGCAUUUGGCCAGAUGGGAGAUUUGCAAAGUGAUGAGCAAAAGUAGAACUCCAAAAUGUGUGUUCUCCACAGCAGAAUAUAGUUGCAUUCUGACUAGAGAGUGGUUGGUUGUCUCUGAAAGGCAGCAGCUGACAAUUUGGUCAGAGAAGGACAGACCCAAACGGGACAGAAACUUGGGCUCAUGGUGGCUGUUGGCUUCAAACAAGCAAGGAAUCCUCUCCAAGACAACAGCUGCUUGGGGAUGGUUCUGGAAGGAAAACGGUUGCAGGGCAGAGCUUUGGUUCUGCUGAACCUUAUAUUGUAUCACUGAACUGAAGUCAAUAAUUCUUCUCCACUUCUGUAUUACAUUUUACACACACUACCUCUGAGAUGGGACACCACCUUCAAACCCACACAGAAAAUGUGAACCCAAACUUUUUUUUCCUUCUUUAAAGUUUUCUAGACAAUAAAUUAUUUCCAACCUGC